GGCUGCAAAGCAAAGGGGACACGGCGAGCAUUUAGAUAAGGAUUACAUCUGUUAUAGUGGUUGCACUGCCAUGCAAAAUAAGAAAACGCCAGAGAAUUAGUGACACACAUCAAGUGGAGCGAAAUAGCAAAACAGAAUGAGAGCGUGAGACGCGGCUCGCCUCAGAGAUGAAAGCGAUGCUUGUUGCGACUGCUCGUGUUUUUGAAGAAUGCCUUUAAAUCCGAGGAAAUCCAAAGCUGUACAUUCGCACCGCUCGUUUAACAUGCUUUAAUAUGGUUAGUCUUCGCUUCUUAAGGGUUGUUGCAGAAGGUUCACCGAAGUCUAUGAGCCGUUGAGUACAUUCACUUGUGUCAUCAAGGGAUGUAGUGCCACAGUCGUGUUUUUACCUAAUCCUCUCGCAGGUAAAUGGCAGGACAUUUUGCCUGAGGAAUUUUUUAGCUCAUAGAGUUUUUAACCAGUAUGUGAAUAAGGAAUCAGUGGUAGAUCUUUCUUGAGAAUGAAACUCUGGGAUCUUUGCCAUUUUUUGUCUUGUUGGAACUAUUGCAGCAUGAUUCUGGACAACCAUAGCUGAGCUAUUUUGAGCUAUUCUGCAAGAAGGGCGACAUGGCAAAGCCCUUCUAUAGACUUCAACGUUUCUUGCGAAGGACUCAGCUUCUCUUUAUGUUCCUCGGUGUAGCCUAUAUUAUGGCAGGAAGUCUCCUUCUUCUCCAGAGACAUGGGUUGGUGGUGUCACAACGUGGGAUGAGCAGUUAUUUCCCAAUGCCAUCUUUGCCAUCUCCUCCCAGGGCCCUGGAGGCCCCUGCCCUCCGGACUGGAUAUGGCAUGAUGGGCCCUCGGCUUACAGUUAAGGGAAUGGGAUAUGAAGAGAAUGCUGGACCACAGUGGCUGAUUUCACGAAACCAGGAGAUCCGACACUUGAGGAGACGCUGGUUCCACAGUCUUAUGUCUGAACAGGAAAUGUCCCGAGUGGAGAAAGUGACUCCGAAGAGAAAAAUCAGACACAAAGGGGCAUAUGUUGGAUGCUUUUUGGACGAUGCCAAGGAUCGUGCCCUAAAAGGGAUGGUCUUCUAUGACUUUCGGAAAAUGACCAGCACCUUGUGUCAGGACACCUGCAUGGAAAGUGGGUACCAGUUUGCUGGCCUUGAAUACGGUUCUGAGUGUUACUGUGGCAACCGCAUCACAAGUGCUCAGAUGAAAGAGGAGGAGUGUAAUUUGGACUGCAAAGGCAAGAAGGGGUCCAUCUGUGGAGGUGUGUCCCGUCUGUCUGUAUUCAAGGUGGAGGAGGUUCUUCCUGGCCAGCGGAGAUACAGGAACGUGCGCUACCGGGGUUGCUUCAAAAAACCUGACAACACAACAGCAGCUUCACUGGUCCAUGUAGUCCAGCCCAACCUCACUUCCCAUUGGUGCAUUGAGACUUGCAUGGAUCAGGAAUUUCCUCUGGCCAUGAUCAGGAAGCCAGAUUGUUACUGUGGCCAUGCCACACCUUACUUCACUCUUCAUGAUUCAGUGAAAGAACAGCUCUGUGCUCUGGACAACAACAGUCUGUCUAUCAGGAGUUCCCAGCAACUCUUUCUCCAGGUCUACCAGACACCUGUUCAAGACUCCAGAUGCACAGAGAAGAAGUUUCUACCAGAAAAGUCAAGCUCAUUGGUGGGUUUAUCAAGUUUUCCCGGUGCUGGCAACACCUGGGUGAGGCACCUGAUUGAGCUCGCAACAGGCUACUACACUGGCAGUUACUACUUCGAUGGCACCCUCUACAACAGAGGCUUCAAGGGUGAGAAAGAUUACUGGAAAAGUGGACGAACCAUCUGUGUGAAGACUCACGAGAGCGGCCAGCGGGAUAUAGAGAUGUAUGACACAGCAAUCCUGUUGAUAAGAAACCCCUAUCGCUCACUCAUGGCUGAGUUCAACCGCAAAUGCGCCGGGCAUCUCGGUUACGCUUCUGAUCAGCAUUGGAAGAGCAAAGAAUGGCCAGAAUUUGUGGGUAGUUAUGCCUCCUGGUGGGCUUCACACGUAUUGGAUUGGCUGCGUUAUGGAAAGAGACUGCUGGUGGUGCAUUAUGAGGAGUUGCAAGAGUCACUGGUGCCCACAUUGCAAUCCAUCACUUCUUUCCUCAAUGCCAGUGUCAGUGAAGAACGCCUCCUCUGUGCUGAGUGCAACAAGGAUGGCCACUUUAAACGCUCAGGUGCACGACAGCCCACUUUUGACCCCUUUACCCCAGAUAUGAAACGGUUGAUUGAUGGUUAUAUCAGCGCUGUGGACCAGGCUCUCAAAGCCAGCAACCACACCGGCUUGCCACAGGAGUACCUUCCAAGAUGACAAGCCCAGAACUAUUGCAGCACUCAUGGAUUUAUCAUUCAUGGCCCAAUGCCUAAACUAUGAUGUCUAGGACAACCAACCAUUGGAGAUAUUUUGAAUCUUCUGAAAAUGUAAUUCCUCCCAAAGAGUGGUGGAAAAUAAUGGCAUUUAAUGCUGUUAAUAUACCAUUACAUGGUGCAUUUGUGAUAAUUUAAUAGUUUGAUAGUUAGUGG